CUAACAGUAGAGUGUGAUAGGCUGGUCAAAAAGAGAACUGCAACCGAGCUCCACUUCUGACAGGAAAUACUACACUACAUAUUUAGGCUACCACACGCAUACCGAUCUGAAGGAGAGGGCAUUUCACCGUGUGAUCUGCCAUGACGACUGAAUCAGGUGCAGACUCCGACCCAAAGCAGUCGGAGAAGGAGAAAGGGAAGGAGAAAGGGAAGGAGAAAGGGCAGAGUGGACAGCCGUGUCAGGUGCCCCCAGCAGCCACAUCCUCGCCCCAGUCCUCGCCACUUCCAGCUGCUGCCGGACACAGCACGCCUGUCAAGAAGGAGCAGGGGCAGAUUGAGGAGGAGCAGGCAUCCCACCAGUCGUCUACCAGUCGCCUGUCCAGGUCUCCUCUGAGGGGAGGGAAGAAGGUGAAGAUCAUGCAGUGUAAGAUCACCCUGCUGGACGGCUCCGACUACACCCUCACGGUGGAGAAGCGAGCCAAGGGCCAGCUACUGUUUGACAAGAUGUGCGACCAUCUAAACCUGCUGGAGAAGGACUACUUUGGCAUCACAUACAGGGAUGUGGAGAACCAGAAGAAUUGGUUGGAUUCUGCCAAAGAGUUGAAGAAGCAGAUCAGGGCUGGCCCUUGGAACUUUGCCUUCAACGUGAAGUUCUACCCUCCAGACCCCGCCCAGUUGUCCGAGGACAUUACUAGGUACUACCUGUGCCUGCAGCUGAGGGAUGACGUGGUGUCGGGGCGUCUGCCCUGCUCCUUUGCCACCCACACGGUGCUGGGCGCCUACACCGCCCAGUCUGAGCUGGGGGACUCGGACCCUGAGGAGCUGGGCAGCGACUACAUCAGGGAGCUGCGCUUCGCCCCCAACCAGACCAAGGAGCUGGAGGAGAGCGUCAUGGACCUGCACAAGAACCACAAGGGGAUGACACCAGCUGAAGCGGAAAUGCGCUUCCUGGAGAACGCCAAGAAGCUGUCUAUGUACGGAGUGGACCUCCACCACGCCAAGUUGGUAGGAAACCUGUUAGAGUGCUUGGCUCCAGCCAGAGGGGAGGACUCUGAGGGUGUGGAGAUCAUGCUGGGGGUGUGUGCUAGCGGGCUGCUCAUCUACAGAGACAGGCUGCGCAUCAACAGGUUCGCCUGGCCCAAGGUCCUCAAGAUCUCCUACAAGAGGAACAACUUCUACAUCAAGAUCCGGCCAGGAGAGUUUGAGCAGUUUGAGAGCACGAUUGGUUUCAAGCUGCCUAAUCACCGCGCCGCCAAGAGGCUGUGGAAGGUGUGUGUGGAGCACCACACGUUCUUCAGGUUGGUGUCACCUGAGGCUCCCUCAAAGAAGUUCCUGGGCCUGGGGUCUAAGUUCCGCUACAGCGGGAGAACGCAGGCCCAGACCCGCCGGGCCAGCUCUCAGAUCAUCCGACCUGCGCCUCUGUUUGAGCGCUCCUCCAGCAAGCGCAACACCAUGUCCCGGAGCCUGGAUGGAGCCCCCAUCACAGAGAACCACGACACCCUCAUGAAGGACGCCUCUGUCGACGGGCUGGGCAAGGCCGGCGCCAAGGGAGACCUCAUCACCACGGUGACGCCAGAGAAGAAGGCGGAGGAGGAGCUGGCAGAGCAGGAGGAGGCCCAGGCCAACGGCACCGAGCCCCCGGAGCCCUCCCCCUCCACCCCCAUCCGACAGGACAAUAAGCGCUCCCCCUGUCUGUACUCCACCGACCCCCUCCGCUCCGAGCUCUCCCUCCCCUCCUCCCCCGUGUCGUCCACCAAAGUGCGGCGGCGGCGCAGGGAGAACUCGCGCAAGCGGGCGGCGUCGGUCAGCCCGGCCAAGAGCGGCGCGGGGUGCCGGAGGCGGCAGGCCCGCGCUGACCGCCGGGCGGCCCUGCUGGAGGAGCGAGCCCUGCUGCUGUCGGCCCGCAAGCAGAGGCUGGAGGGGGGCAAGGGCCGCGGCGGGGGCACCCUCUUCUCCUUCUCCCUGCACCUGCCCGACCUCGCCUCUUUCCUGGACGACGACGGCUACAUCACCUUCCCCGACCUGUCGGAGCUGCGCUUCCUGCCCGAGAGCGUGCAGCACUUCCUGCCCAUCAAGUCCCCCUCGCUCAUCCCCUGCUUCCUCUUCAUCUUCUUCUUCCUGCUCUCCACCUCCUUCUCCGUCCCCUACGCCCUCACCCUGUCCUUCCCCCUGGCUCUGUGUCUCUGCUACCUGGAGCCCAAGGCGGCCUCCCUGACGGCAUCCAUAGCCCAGGGCCUCCAUGACCAUGACAGUUCAGAGGAAGAGGAGGAGACGGACAGUGAGCAAACUGACUUUAACGUGGACGGGGAGACCACCGCCACAGAGUCGGAGCCAGAGGAGGACUCUGAGAUGAGGACUCAGUAUAGUUUCAUAAGGCGAGUAAAGGGGGAGAACGUUUUUAUCAAGCAUAGUAACCUGAUGUUAGAGGACACGGAGCCUCCGGAGGAGCUGGUGAAACACCAGAGCAACAUGAGCGAGCUGAAGCGCUCCUUCCUGGAGACAGGCAGCAGCGCCCCCGGGAUGACCGAGUGGGAGAAGAGGCUGUCCUCGUCCCCGGCCCACUGCCCCAAGACGGAUGAUGCCCCCAUGAUCGAACCCCUCCUCAGCCAGGAUGAUGACGAGCAGGUACCCGAGGGGGAGCAGGAGAAGCAGGUGGUAGCAGCCGGGGCCUCUGAGACUGCAGACAAAGGUGUGGCAGAAGGCCGUGUAGAGGCUGCCGCGCUGGGGGGGGAUCUGUCGGCCACAUUGGAGGACGUCCGAGGCAGCUUGUCCUCGGAGCACGAGGAGAGGAGCCCAGAGCUCCAGGAAGAGGUGAAGAUCAGCCCGGGGUCUGUCAGACAGGAGGUCACCCAGGCCAUCAGCACCAAGAGAGGAACCCUCAUCAUCCUGAAGGAGCUGGGAUCCGAAGACCAGGGGGACAGUGACGGCACCUACAUGGAGAUAGACAGGGGGGACAGUGACGGCACCUACAUGGAGAUUGAUGGCGUGAACGGAUAUCGUCCUGCUCCCGACGAGGCUCGAGAAAACCAGAUGGAUUCUCUUCCCCGCGAAGAGAAAGAGGCCCAGAGUACCCUGGAAGAAGAUGAAGCUAGCGAGAGAGAAUCUCUGCCCACCUGUAUGGAGGUCAAAGACAAGACGGAGGCUCCCCUCAGCACCAAGCAGGUCGACACCGACGGCAUGGAAAGCAUUACAUCUCCUAAGAAGGCCAUGGCUCCGUGGUUGUCUGAGAUCAUAGAAACGGAAGAGGUAACCAUGGUCACCAAGCGCUCCUAUGAGGAAGUGAAAGAGCUGAGCACCACCGAAGAGGAGCUGGGGAAAGGCCAGAUUGAGCAAUCCCAGCUGAGCCUCCCCGCGCCUUGCUCUGUAACUGAAUCGUCAGCAGCCUCUUUAGCAGUGACGGAGGAGGGCGUAGCCGAGGCGACCAAGGCAGAACCAGCGGAGUCGUCAGGGCCUACGGAGUCGGAGGCUGUCCUGCAGGAGGAGCUGCCCUCCAAGGAGGCGCCUGUGGUCCACACCGAGACCAAAACCAUCACGUACGAAUCAUCCCAGGCCGACACCAACGGCGACGCCGACCCGGGGGUUUUGAUGAGCGCCCAAACCAUCACCUCUGAAACGACCAGCACCACGACGACCACGCACAUCACUAAGACGGUGAAAGGGGGCGUGUCGGAGACGCGGAUCGAGAAACGGAUCGUCAUCACGGGAGACACAGACAUCGACCAUGAUCAGGCUCUGGCUCAGGCCAUAAAAGAAGCCAAAGAGCAGCACCCUGACAUGUCAGUGACCAAAGUAGUGGUACAUAAAGAGACAGAAAUCACGCCUGAGGAGGGGGAGGACUGACCCAGGAAUAAACCUGAGGACUGUUUUCUAUCACCUGCCAAGACUCAACCUCCCAACAUGCAACGCCCACAUCAUGCACUACAUUACUGUGCUGGGACAUGGAAACUUAGAUGCCUCUUCCUUCCAUCUCUGCUCUCAAUCAGUCCCCUCCGUCACUGGCAAAUGCAUAAUGCAUGAGACACACAAUAGUGCAUUAUUCAAGAAUGACAAGAUAAAACAUAUACAACUGUCCAAAUACACCGGUUCUUGAUCCAUCUGCACGCUGACUGUGCAACAGGCAAAAGUAUUAUUUCACUGCCUCUUAGAAUUUGAUAAAUAGGCUAUUGCGCAUUAUGAUCAUUAUUGUAGCAUAAUUUUAUUUAUGAAAUAAAGCCAUCACUCAAAGUGCAGAAGGCUGUACAUGUUAAAGCGCACAGCUAUAUAACCUUGCCCUGUAAGUGCCAACUUCAUACCAAUAAGCAUCUCCUCACUGCCUCAGUGACUUUCAGUAAUAUGGGCCGAAACCAAAUCAAGCUUUACAAAUUCAUCAUGAUCAUGAAUUGUACAAAGCCUACCAAGCUGUACUUUCCUAGACAAAGGCUCAUUAUAUCUUCAACAAAAAGUUGAAUGCCUUUAAUUUUUUUUCCUCCUUACCAAAUGAUUUCACCCUACUACAGAAUUUGAGGCUGGGAAAUACUAUGUCUGUUUACUCUGAAAUACAGAAAAACGUUUUCAUUUUAGGAAGGUUCUGUUUGUUAAGUUACAAGCAAGCCUUUGAUUGAUGUUGGUUCUGGUUGUGUUCAUGUCUGGAACACACUACCUGUACUCUGUAUGCAGGCCAAAGACUCAGACUGGAUAACUGUGUACUGGUGGAUGCAAAAGCCAACAGUUCUUCAGACAUCUGACCAUCUCUCAUCUGUGUUCCAGUAUCAAAUGAGUUCCAUUCAUGUACAGUGGUUUCCUCAACAGUUAAAUAAAAGUGGCAUAGCCUAUGCAUUUA